AUGGCAGCAGAAAAUCCCUCGAGAAACCAGGAAGAUGUGGUCACUCGGGAAGAUGUGAUGGGGCUAUUACAAGCUCAAGUAGCUCAACAGGAAGACGUGAACAGGCGUAUUGCGGCUCAGAUGCAGAAGAUUCAGGAGCACUUGGAUAAGCAAUCCAGAACGACCACGAACAAUAGAAAUGAGGCUCAGCCGUUUGUGCUUUAUCCCCAGGACUACAGUGGCGGAGAAUCAUCUGGAUCUGGUCUGGGUGAUGGGUUGCUGAAGCCGAAGUCUGUAAGGCUGGAUUUCCCUCGUUUUGACGGUGAGGACCCGGAGACUUGGUGUUGUAGAGCUGAGCAAUUCUUCGAAUACUAUAGUACCCCAAUGGAGCAUCGGCUAUCCAUCUCUUCCUUUCACAUGGAUGGCAAGGCGUUGGUCUGGUUCAGGGAAUUACGGGCCAGUAACCCAGCCAUUCCUUGGGCAGAAUUCGUGAGGUCAAUGCAGAUUCGAUUUGGUAGAAGCUCGUAUGAUGAUCCGAUGGAGUCCCUGUCAAAGCUAAAACAAGAAGGUGCGUUAGAAGACUAUAAGAACCAGUUCGACACUCUGGCUCUGAAGGUCCGCAACCUACCCGAGUAUCACAAGUUGAGCUGUUUUUUGGGGGGACUAAGGGACGAAAUCAGAGUGCCUGUGAGGAUGUUCAAUCCUACAACUCUGGUGGAUGCCUACUCCUUAGCUAGAAUGCAAGAGGAAUGCGUGGCUACGUGUAGAAGGUACCCUAGAACGGCUGCCAAUUCUGGACAAUUCCAGUACUCAGGCCAAGGGUUGAGUGUUAACCUACCGGUGGGAUUUGCUAAGGGAAGUGUCAUUUCCAAUUCUAAUAGGAAGUUUCAUCAGGAUCAGAUCAAGCAGAAUUUCCGACCACCAGGGGGAGGUGGGCUACCGGGCAAUGAAGGGUUGAGACCGAGCCAAGCCUUGGUUCCGGUUCAAAAACUUACACAAGCACAGAUGGACGAACGGCGACGAAAAGGCCUGUGCUAUACUUGUGACGCGAAAUGGACAAGGGGGCAUGUUUGCGUGGCUCCGAAGUUAUUUAUCCUGGAAGCAGUGGAAGGUGGGGAAGAGGAAUUGGUCAAGAAACCAGAGCAGUUGGAAGAGGACCUGGGGGAAUUUUUUAUGGAAGAGUUUCCGGAAAUUUCACUAAAUGCCAUUACUGGCAGUCCCAGCCCUAAGACUAUGAGGGUAGUCGGUCUCUUGAGGUACCACCAAGUGGUUAUCCUAAUAGACUCUGGCAGCACUCAUAAUUUCAUUGACAUGAAAUUAGCAGCCACCUUGGGAAUUAGACCAGUGAAGCAGGAUGGUAUCUUGGUCCAGAUUGCUAAUGGACAAGAGGUGAAGAGCCCAGGCCGAAGCCAAAGAAUGGAAGUAAAGGUGCAGGGAACUGUAUUUGGGACUGAGUUGUUUAUAUUACCACUAGCUGGCUGUGAUAUAGUGCUUGGAAUACAGUGGCUAAGGACCUUGGGGCCUAUCAUGUGGGAUUUCACCAAACUCCAGAUGAAGUUCCAGUAUGGGGGAAAGAGUUGUAUGUUACUAGGGUUGCAAAGAGGGCCAAAUGUGAGCUUUGAGGAAGGGGAUUCUUUUAAACUACCGAAGCAAGAACAGAAGGGUAUUUUGCUCCAGAUGGUGAGCCACUCAGCAGGGUGUUGGGCAAUGCGAAAGCAGGAAGGAGACACUGCAGAGCUCCCCAACUCACCUAGGCCCAUUUUACCUAUUUUACAGGAGUAUGGGGAUGUCUUCCAGGAACCAAAAGGGUUACCUCCUAACCGCUCUUAUGACCAUUCCAUACCAUUACAGCCCGGGGUACAGGCCGUGUCAGUCAGGCCCUAUAGGUACCCCUUCUAUCAAAAGGAGGAAAUUGAACGGAUAGUCAAGGAGCUACUGGAAUCAGGAGUUAUAAGGCACAGCAACAGCCCCUUCUCCUCUCCAGUCUUAUUGGUUAGAAAGGCGGACGGCUCUUGGCGUAUGUGCAUGGACUACAGAGCUCUAAACAAGGUAACCGUGAAAGAUAAGUUCCCUAUACCUGUGGUUGAUGAACUACUAGAUGAAUUGGGAGGAGCCAAGGUUUUUUCUAAGCUGGACUUACGAUCCGGCUACCACCAAAUCCGUGUGGUGGAGGCUGACAUUCCCAAAACAGCCUUCUGA